CGCGCGCGCUGUUAUAAGUAUACUUACAUACACGCGAAAGAUUGGAAGAGUGAGAGAGAGAGGGAGAGAGAACGACGACGGGCCGCAGCGCCGGUCGUGCGCGCAGAGGCCAACGCUCGCGAAUCGAGCACCAGCAGCAGAGUAUAAUAAGUGCGAACACGCGCCGUGCCGAUUUCGCGCUCCCCGCAGCUGCAGUGCCUACUUCUAUUCUGCCUCCGCAGACGCGAGCGCGGCUAGCUUUGUUUAUGUUUCCAGCUACACAAGCCUCAGUGUACCUAUGUGCACACAUCAACUGCCGACGAGACACGCUCGCUUGUAAGGCGAUUUUCAUCAUUUCCUUUCACCCGCGCAAAGCUGCAGCCGCGACGUGCUUUUUGGGCCGAUUUUUCUAUACGCUCGAGUAUCGGCAUCGCAUAGUAGUAGGCGAGAGGCCAUAAGGGGCUGCAGCAAAAGGAGGCGACAGAAAGCCGGAGAAAAUACAAAGGAGGCGCGAGAGAGACUUUUGCCGGCAAUGUACAUAAAUAUAACGCGCAUGUCUCGUCUCGCAGUCUUCGGCGUGGAAAAAUGUCGCGGGCGAAGAGAUGGAAGAGCUGCAUGUCGGAGAACCUGCUGAUGACGAUGACAGUGGCCGGAGUCUUCACGGGCGUGAUCCUCGGCUUCAUCCUCCGGAACAUGAGGGACGGCCCGCCCGGCAAGGAGGGCGGCGGCUGGACCAAGCGCGAGAUCAUGUACAUACAGUUUCCCGGCGAGCUCUUCCUCCGAAUGCUCAAGUCGCUCAUCCUGCCGCUCGUCAUCUCGAGUAUCGUCAGCGCAAUCGGCAGCCUCGAUCUCGGCUUGUCCGGUAAGUCGGCCGCGACGCCCGGCAACCUCGAGUAUCUCGCAAAUCUCACUCCCCGCUGCGCAGGCAAGAUCGGCAUGCGAUCGAUUUACUACUACGCCACGACGACGCUCUGCGCCGUGAUCCUCGGCAUUGCUCUCGUGGAAGGCAUCCGGCCCGGGACGUACGGCAAAGAGUCCGACUACAAGACUGACGAGAGCCAACUACUCAAGCGCAUCCUCACCACCGAGGACACGCUGCUGGAUUUGAUCAGGAACCUUUUCCCCGAGAACCUCGUCCAAGCAUGCACAGCGCAGUACCAAACGCUGUUGAUCCCGCCGGAGGCGAAUAACGCCACCGAAACCGCUGCUGCCGCUGCUCUGAACGCGAGCAGUAGCGUCGAGAAGGCCAAGUACGGCUACAAGAUAGCUCACGUCUAUGCCGACGGUACCAACACCCUCGGUCUCGUCAUCUUCGGCGUCAUUCUCGGCAUCGCCAUCGGCAAGAUGGGAGAACAGAGCAAGCCUCUGCUGGACUUUUUCAACGCGCUCUCCGAGGCCAUGAUGAUCAUCACCAACUGGGUCAUUUGGUUGUCGCCACUCGGCGUCACGUUCCUCGUCGCCGCCCAGAUCCUGGACGUGAAGGACUUUAGCAGUAUCGUCACCUCGCUGGGUAUGUACUUCCUCACGGUGCUUCUCGGCCUCAUUUUACACGGCUUCGGUACGCUCUCCCUCAUCUUCUUCCUCUGCACGCGCGAGUUACCCUUCCGAGCCAUCGGCAAGAUGAGCCAGGUCAUGGUCACUGCUUUCGGAACGGCUUCCAGUUCCGCAACGCUACCGAUCACGCUCCAGUGCAUGGACCAGAUGGGUGUGGACUCGAGGAUAUCGCGCUUCGUCGUGCCCAUCGGGGCGACCAUCAACAUGGACGGAACUGCUCUCUACGAAGCGGUCGCAGCGCUCUUUAUCGCCCAGGUGAGAGGUGUCGAUAUGACCAUCAGCAAGAUCAUCGGCGUCAGCAUCACCGCCACGGCGGCCAGUAUCGGUGCGGCCGGCAUACCCCAGGCUGGCCUCGUUACAAUGGUCAUGGUGCUCAAUACUGUGGGUCUGCCCGAGAAGGAUGUCACGCUUAUCAUUGCCGUUGACUGGCUCCUGGAUCGAUUCCGAACGACAGUCAACGUAAUGUGCGACGCCCUCGCAGCCAUAAUCAUCGCCAAGAUGAGCAAAGGCGAACUGGAUUCGGCCGACGUUGCCGAGGGCUUGCAAGAGGCCACUGAGCUCGCGCACCUGAGCAAGAUGGACGAUUAGAUUUUUUUUUCUUCUAUCAUCAUUCUUAUACCAUUAAUACCUUCUUAAUGUCAUACUUUUAAUUUCAUUAUAAUUGUUAUUAUAAUUAUAAUUAUAAUUACAAUACCAGUGAAGUGAACGCCUCGGCGCGCCUUUAGACUCCAAGUAUUUUUCGAGAUUCGAAUCUACUAUAUUUUAUUGUUCUAAACGCGUACACGCCCGCUCGAGCUGUCCUGGGUGUGCUGUGUAAUCAUCAUCAAGUGCCAAGGCUGACAACUUUACUAUAUACGAUAUAAUUUUACGCUGUACGUAUAAGUGUAUUGAAUCAACCGUAAUCCAGUUUAUAUUCUUAACGUUUCUUUAUAUUGUCAACAUUUUCACAUGAUGUAUACGUAUGUGCAUGUCUUGGCAUCAGCUCUAUAUGUAUACAGAGAUUAAUUAUACAACUAUAUAUAGGCAUAAUGUAAAUUAAAUCAAGCAAUUUACAAAUUAAAAUUAAAAGAACUUGACGCCCUCGUUAUCAUCAAAAAUUAUCAACUCUGCCCUUUUAGCAGCUUCCAAUGUCUUCAAAGCUCUCACUAGCAAUUCAUUGUCCAAGCCAUGAAAUUCUGUACAAACAGGCAUUAGUCAAAUAAAUCUAUUGCGUGUGUGUA